GAAAGUGAGUGUGUGUGUGUGUGCUUUUCCUCGUUGAAGUGUUCGCGCGGCGUCGCUGGGCAUCGCCUCGCCAUGUCCUUCUUCCAGUGGCAGUUCGGGACGCCGAGCUAUGACCUGCCAGAGGCGCCGUCCGAUGGCCUGAUGGCCUUCUCAAGCUUAUUGUCCGGAGUCUCGGCGGCGGAACCUGAGACUUUGGAGACGUUGGAAGUGGAGAGGCCGGAGGAGUCGAGAAAGGAUCAGAUCACCACCCCGAGCGUCGCGAGGUUGUCGGUGGGCACGAUCGAAACUGCGGCGUCAGAGGCACUGCAGGUGGCCCCCGUGACUGCCCAGCGCUGGCAACUCUCCAGCGCAAAUCUGGUGUCCCACUGGAUGCCCUUCUCGGCAUACGAAGGGAACGACCUCAGCGGCAUCGCCAGCCUCGACAAGCUGGCCGAGCACUGGCCAGCGCCGGUACACGACACACGCGACCCCGACCCGGCGCCUGAAGGCUUCCGAGUGCUCUCCGUAAGGCACCAUGAGUCCAAUAGCGAUCCUACGGACAUCUCCGUGGGGAAGUACUUCUACUUCGACGCCUCCCAGUUUCCGAGCUUUGAAUUUUCCUCUCACCCUUGCUACGUGGAGCAGUGGCGCCAGGGCACUUUGAGAUGGAGCGGUCAGGUGAAGCUGACCCUGGGCGGCUUCGGCUCGGCAGACCUAGCGGAGCUGUCGGAGGAAGAGGUCGGCCGCUUCGGCGUGGGGCGGAAGGAACCUCGGAGCUUCGCGAGAGCGGGGGACUUCGAGCUUGAGGACCUCAUCUCAGUGGUGGCCUUCCAUCGGGAUCUGGCGCCCUCCGUGGGGAACCACCUAGAGUUCGAGCGCAACCUCUACCACUACCAGAGGUCUUGCAUGGGCAAGCGGAUCCUGCCGGAGGAGGCCGUGAUUGUCCACGACCUGGGGGAUCUCGGCCAGCGGAUUUGCAUCGAGACAGAGGUGGACCAGCAGGAGUUGGCGGCCAUCCGCAUGUCGGCCAUACCGGCCAUUGAGGACGAACACUCCGCGGCGCUGUCUCGGGAGAACAGCCUGGCACUGGCAGUCGGAUACUCCAUCGCGGUGCAACCUCCGGAAGCUCCGAGCGACGUGGCGCAGGAAGGCUCGGCGCUGGCGGUGAGGAAAGCCAAGCGCACGGACCUUCUGAGCGCCCGCUGACCUGGCGGAGGCUACAGCGUUCCCCCCCAUAGCUGGGGGCGCCCAUAGGG